AUGCCGCUAAUCGGCUCCGCCGUCAAGUCUGCCGGCCGCCGGCACGCGACCCGCGCGUCGUCGUCGUCGUCCGCGCUCUCCCGCCCUCCCGCGCUCGACCCCACCUCCCCCGACCACCCCCCAAUUCCGCCCCCUUCCGCCUCCUCCACCGCCCUCUCGUCGUUCCUCCGCUUCACUCUAGUCCCCGCCAGGCCGGCGUCACUCCCCUCCACUCCCGCCGCCAGCAGCGGCAGCAGCGCCACCCACGGGCACGGCAGCGCGCACGGCGGCGGCGGAAGCGCGAACGGGUGGACGGUGUGCGGGUGGCGCGUGUCGCCGCGGCUGGUGGCGUCUCUUGCGCUCCUGUCGCUCGCAACGAAGCUCUGCGGCUUCCUGCUCCUCACCUUCUUCCUCGCCUCCCGCCCCUCUGCACCGCACAGCACCGCCGCCGGGGCUGCUCCGGGUGCGCCAGGUUCAGCAGUAGCCGCAGGCUCAGGGAACGGUGGUUCGGGUGCCGGCGUGGGCGAGGUUGUGCGACUAAAUUCGGAAUUGGCGGUGCAGGCUGGAGCGACUAGGGAAUCUCGUGGGGUGGUGCGAGUGAACGCGCAGGGCGUGUGCUCGCCUGCCUGGCGGGAGCAAGUCACGCGGCACUUUGGUGGAGGGGGGAGAGGGGACGGGGAGGAGGCAGCGAGGGAGGGGGAGGGUCGUGGUGAGAGGGAUGGGGGCGGUGAGCGGGAAGGGGCGGGGCUAGGGGAAAGAGAUGAGGCGCAUGGCAGGAGGUUACUGGUGGAGGGGAGGUGGGAGGAGGGGGAGGAAGGGAAGGGGGAGGAGGUGGGGAUGGAGGUGGAGAGGAUGAUGGGGCGGCUGUGCGACGAGGGCCUGCCCCUGGCUGCUGCACUGUUCGGUGUGAACCACUCCACUGAUGCCACCGUGCAACUGGCAUGCACGGACGCCACAUCCUCCUCCUUCCCCGCCUCCUCCCCCACGCCCACCGCCUUCCUGUACGCAGCAGCAGUGCCAGAGCAGCUGAGCAAGGCCAAGGCGCACCUCAUAGAGCUCGCCGCACUGGCACGGCAUUUCAACCGCACGCUCAUCGUGCCAAGGGUGGGCCACAGCCGCGUGGACUUCACGCGCCGCCUGCCCUUCUGCGCCUACUUUGACGCGAGUGCGCUGCAGCGCUGUGGCGUGCAGUGGGUCACGGAGGACUGGUUCCUGGAGUACGCGAGGCGGCGUAGUGUUGCCGUGCGCCCCACGUACCUCUGCCUUGUCCCGGGCGCCAACGACACAUGCAGCACAGCGCUCACCCCCUGGUCGCCUGCCUUCCUCUCAGUGCUCGCCAUCGCCCACCACCCGCCCUCGCCCGCCAACGCCCUGCCCCUGCGCACCGCCUACCACACUCGCCGCGAGCGCUGGGGCGCACAGAUGGAGCGAGAAGAGGCCGCACUGCUACGGGCGAUGGAGAGCGCAGGCAGGAAAGGAGGGGAAGGGAGGGGUGCGGAGGAUGGACAGGGGCAGGGGCAGGGGGAGAGGGUGUUGGUUGAUGCGCCAGGGAGCUGGAUUGAGGGCGGUGACGGGAGUAGUGCAAGUGGUACGGGUGGGGCGGGGGGAGGAGAGGAGGUGGAUGUGGUGGUGGUGGCGCAGAGCUCGUGGUUCUUCACCCUCAGGGAGCACAAAAGAGCAAGCGCGGCUUCGUGCCUUGCGUUCGCCCCCAACCUGCACCGCGCUGCUGAGAGGUUCGCACACAGGAUGAGGGGAGGAGGAGGACGAGGGGAAGGGGGGGAUGGGGCUGGUGCAGGGGGAGAGGUGGGAGCAGGAGCAGGAGCAGGAGGUGAAAGGGGGAACGCAGCAGGAGCAGGGUCAAUGGUGGCAGUGCUUGGUGAUGGGUCAGACAGCAGACAGCGAGGGGUGCUGAGAAGUGACGCACGAGAGGGCAUGGGGCAAGAGCGGGAGCGCGGUGCAGGGCGGUACGCAGCGGUGCAUCUGCGGCUGGAGUUCAUAACGUUCAAGGCGAGCAAGGCAGUGCGCACGGGCACAGCGCCUAUAGAGUCCGUGCGCGCAUGGCUCAUGGCAUGCGCUGCCAGCGCUGUCACCACCACCCGCCACCACCUCGCUAAACUCAACUCCUCCUCCGUCUUCCUCGCUGCUGACGUCUCCCCUGCUUCUCCACCUUCCUCCUCUCUUUCAUCUCCAUCCUUCUCACCCAUAUCUGCUCCCUCCCAGCCCUCCCACCUUCCUGUGCGGUUACAGAGUGACUCGUGGGCGCAUGAGGGAGCAGCAGGCGAGCAGCUGCUGGGGUAUGUGGCAGAGGCGUACUGGCAUGUGCGAAGGGAGUUAAGAGCGGUGGUGUGGGAUGAGGAGGGGGAGAAGGAGGAGGGGAAGCAGCAGGUGGAUAUGCGUGGGUUGGACCGAGGGGUACGGGGGGUGUUGGAUAAGCUAGUGUGUGCGGAGGCAGAUGUGUUUGUGGUGGGCGAUGAUGCAUGUGGCGGCAUGCAGAGCUUUGACAUGGAUGUGUGUGGCUUGAGGAAGGGGCUGGGUAGAGCACAGCGCAGCACGGUUCAGUUCAGCCGAGGCCGGAUGCACUGA